AUGCCCGAAAUGUUGAUCUACUUCAACUGCAGCCUGCUGAAUCCCAGCCACGAGCGUUGCUCGGUUCCUUACUCGUGCUGUAAGCCCACCGACCUGGAGUCGGUGAGCCUCAACUGCGGCCGCAAUGUGCUCAACAUGAGCGACUACGAUGCCUGGUUCAUCGUCAACAUCGGCAACUGUCCGGACGCCCUGCAUCGCUACGUGAAGGAGCACGUGAUGAUCAUCGGUGGCAGUUGUCUGAUCGCGGUCAUCCUCCUCGCGUUCGUCGACAUGAUCACAAACGCGGUCAUUGACGAGAUCGACAUCAUCUGCAAGAUAUACCAGCACGUCCAGGCGGCCGAGCAAGACCGGACGUAG